AUGGCCACCACCACCACCACCACCACCACCAGCAACAACAGCAGCAGCGGCACCGUCUUAUCCAAGGUGCGGACGGCGUGGAGAAGCCAGGCGAGCAGAGAUGAGGGCGACUGGACAAAGAAUGGAGAAGCUAUGGGACAAAACACUAUCCUUGAGUUCUUUCAGGUCUGUGACAGCGAGAACAAGGGCUUCAUCACGCGGCGGGACAUGCAGCGGCUGAACGCAGAGCUCCCUCUCACUCCCGAAGACCUGGAGAAUGUCUUCGAUUCACUCGACGCCGACCACAAUGGAUUCCUCACCCUGGAAGAGUUCUCCACCGGCUUCAGUGAGUUCUUGUUUGGACAGAAGAUUAGCGUAGAGGCAAACAUGGAGGAGAAAGGCCCCUGUAGAGGCCCCGGUAACGGCUCCGUGGAGGCGGUGUACCAGGGCCAGUGGGAGAAGAGGCUGCUCCGUCCGGACGAUGAGGAGGAGAAACACUUCAGCAUGCUCAUGGACAGUCUCGGAGCCAACCACAUCUUUGAGAAUCCCACAGAGAUCCGCAGCCUGUGGGCUCAGCUCCGCAGGGACGAGCCGCACCUUCUGUCCAACUUCGAGGACUUUUUGGCCCGAGUGACGUCACAGCUCAUCGAGGCCGACCACGAAAAGACCGAGAUGGAAAGUGCUUUGAAAAGAAAAGCGGCAACACACGACAACGAGAUCCGACGCUUGUACGAAGAAAUGGAGCAGCAAAUCAAAAACGAGAAAGACAAGAUUGUUUUGCAGGAUUAUAAGCAGUUUCUCUCGAGGAGUCAGGACUUGGAACUUCAGCUUUCCUCCAAAGAAAAGGAAAUGGAACAACUCUUUCAGAAGCAGAAGAGGCUGGAGCACCAGUGCCAGGACCUGCAGGGAGAAAAACACGAGACCAAAGUGGAGAACGUGAAGCUGAAGCAGACGAACGAGGAGCUGCUGCAGGAGCUGGAGCAGAGCAGCAGAGAGCUGAGUGUGGCCCAAGAGCAGCUCCUCCUGCUCCAGGAGCAGGCGUCACGGCUGCACGAGGAGAAGGAGCUUGAAAUCUAUCGACUAAGUGAAGGCCUUCAGCGGGAAAGAGCCAGUUUGAUGAAACAGCUGGAUCUGAUGAGAGAAAUGAACAAAUAUUUGCGAGAUGAGAGAGACAUUUUGUAUCAGAAGCCAAAGAGAAGUUCCAGUUCACUGCAAACGUCGAGUUACUCUGGCACUUCCAAAGGCUCCUCUUCAGAUGUGUUCAGAAGUGAGGAGGAGGAAGACUCCUGCAGAGAGUCCACAAAGGCCAGCAUCAGCGCAGAAGUGAAGCGCGGACAUUUCCAAAGGAUCAUCUCCAUAGAAGAAGACCACCUCCCACACCUGCUGCACACUCGCUGCCAGCUGCAGAGGCCCCUGAGGCAGUGCAGCGAGGCCGAGGAGGAGAGCAUGGACCUGGUCAUGAGUGACAUACUACAGCCGCCAAGCAACGAGGCCCCUCUGUCUCCGAGAGGGCAGCCGGUGGGAAAGGAGACCACCACCACCGUAAGCGUGGCUAAAGCGAAAUCUAUUUGA